AUGACAAAACAAUCGAAAGCGAAAUUCGAUGACAAAGAUGAUGGAUCUGUGCAAUGUAAUGGUCUCAUCUUACCUGCGGACAUGUCCGAUGAACUAAAAACUCUCAAUGUCCAAAUUGAAAGUUCUACCAGUGAUUCUCUAGAAGCUACAAGACGGAUGAUGCAACUUUGUGAAGAGAGCAAAGAAGCAGGAAUCAAAACUCUUGUUAUGUUGGAUGAUCAAGGAGAACAAUUAGAACGAGUUGAAGGCGGUCUUGAUACAAUAAAUCAAGAUAUGCGCGAAGCUGAAGAACAUCUUAAAGGGAUGGAAAAAUGUUGUGGAUUAUGCGUGCUUCCUUGUUUCAAAACUGACGAUUUUGAAAAAAAUGCUGAAUAUGCUAAAGCGUGGAAGAAAGAUGAUGAUGGCGGUGUGAUUAGUGAUCAACCUAGAAUUACAGUGGGUGAUUCUGGAAUGGGCCCUCAAGGAGGUUAUAUAACACGAAUCACAAAUGAUGCACGAGAAGAUGAAAUGGACGAAAAUAUUCAACAAGUAUCAACAAUGGUCGGUAAUUUACGCAAUAUGGCAAUUGAUAUGAGUACAGAAGUUAGCAAUCAAAACCGACAGCUUGAUCGUAUUCAUGAAAAGGGAUUAUGCGCACUGUUAAACAUUGCUAAUAAUGUGCCUUGUCCAGAUUCUAGUCGCCUCUUUGAUAAACGUUUCUGA